AUGGGGUCCAAGAAAAUCAGCAAGAAAUUUGAACGGGAAAGUGCGAACAGCGAGCCUCCAAAGCUUUCCGAAAAGGUCAAAAAGGCCGAAUUGAGUACGAGUGAGAGCGGAAGCUCGAGCUCUAGUUCCAGCUCUAGCUCCAGUUCUAGCUCCAGUUCUAGCUCCAGUUCUAGCUCCAGUUCUAGCUCCAGUUCUAGCUCCAGUUCUAGCUCCAGUUCUAGUUCCAGCUCUAGCUCCAGUUCUAGCUCCAGUUCUAGCUCCAGUUCUAGUUCCAGCUCUAGCUCUUCAGAAGACGAAAAGAACUCGUCUCUAAAGCGUAAGAGAGCUGUCAAGACCAAGAAAAACGCUAAAAAGCAGAAAGUUGAGAACACUAAAGAGUCGUCGUCGAGCUCUUCGGACAGUGGGUCAUCUAGCUCCUCUAGCUCCUCUAGCUCCUCUAGCUCCUCAAGCUCGUCAAGCUCCUCUAGCUCUUCGGAAAGUGAUUCUUCUAGCUCCUCCAGCUCUUCCAGUUCUUCGGACAGUGAUUCUUCCAGCUCCUCUGAUGAUGAGCAUUCCAAAAAGGAGACCAAGUCGUCCGGUGAGUCUUCGGGCGACAGCUCAUCGUCUUCUAGCGAUUCCGACGAUAGCUCUUCCUCCAGCGACUCUGACGACGGCUCUUCCUCCAGCUCCUCUUCCAGCUCCUCUUCCAGCUCCUCUUCUAGCUCCUCUUCCAGCUCCUCUUCCAGCUCUUGGGACAGUGAUGCCUCCAGCUCCUCAGAUGAGGAAGAUUCUAAAAAAGAGACAAAGUCGUCCAGUGAGUCAUCCAGCGACAGCUCAUCGUCCUCUUCUUCUAACAAUUCCGACGAUAGCUCUUCCUCCAGCGACUCUGACGGCAGCUCUUCCUCCAGCUCCUCCUCCAAUAAUUCUGACGAUAGCUCUUCCUCUAGCGACUUUGAAGACAGCUCCGACUCUCCCCCCUCCUCGUCAGCCUCCUCCAAGUCCUCCCCAGCCAAUCCCUCGCAAUCAACCUCGUCUUCAAAAACUGCCUCCCCUGACACCCCAAUCUCCAAACCCACACAUAUCUCAGCUGGUACUGACGAGUUGAGACCCGGCCAACGCAACCAUUUUUCCAGAAUUGAUAGAUCCAAGGUCAGCUUCGAGCACAACGCUCUUACCGAUAACACUUACAAAGGUGCAGCGGGUACCUGGGGUGAAAUGGCCAACGACAAAUUGGGCAAAGUACGCGGUAAGGACUUUACCAAAAACAAGAACAAAAUGAAAAGAGGCUCCUACAGGGGUGGAAGCAUCACUUUGAGCUCCGGUUCCUACAAGUUCACGGAUUAG